GAGGCACAACCUUCACUCAUCAUUCAUUCAUCACAUAAGCCUAUUUCUAAUUACAACCAGUUUUAUUGGUGUAUUGAUGUAAAACUCGUGUAAAAGCAGAUACAAAUAGUUCUCUGGAAGAGCGCUUUUGGCGGACAUAACUGACGGUGGCCCCGCGUCACAUAUUAGCAUGCUAGCUAGCGAAGCUAACUUUAUGUUGCACCGUGCAACAUUACAUUACAUUACAUGUCAUUUCGCAGACGCUUUUAUCCAAAGCGACUUACAAUAAGUUAGCUUCGCUAGCACGAAGUUGACUCCAAGUUGUAUUCAACCUCGUCUCAAUAGUUCCCCCUUUAUUCAACGUUAAGACGGACGAAACCCACAGGAAAGUGAGCCUCUUGCGUUUUUCGUUGGAUAACUGCGUUUGACGCAUAACAAUUGAGCGCUGAGUUAUUUAGUUUUGGUUGCUAUGGUGAUUAACGGUCGCCUGCGCACAUUAAAGGCAAUAACGUCACGUGUUACGGACUGGAGACUAUAUAGCAGGUAAGCGCGUUUGGGCUUCAGUCUGCAUCCUGAGAGUUAACUGAGCUGUAACAGACAGAGUGAUGAAAGCAUUGGCUAAAGACAAGGGAAGGGAGACCGUAACCAUGGACUUGCUCGCUGAAGUAGAGCUGUUUGAGAAGGCUACGGUCCAAGGAGAAGACCCUCUGCAGCUGAUGUUGGAGGCACUGCUGGAUGAAACAAAUGAACCUGCACCUGUCCCGACUGUGGAGUUUGAUUCCAACUCACCUGACAUUCUCCAGGAUAUUGUUAAGGACCUGUGUGGAGAGACAGAGGGACCUGUUCCUGCUGUGGAGUUUGACGCCAACAUUCCAGACUCUUUCCUGACGAUGACGUUGGAGGCAAUGCUGGGAGAUACUGACGACAGGCUGCCUGUCAGUGAGGACAAUUGGGAUGCCAUUACACCAGACUCUCUCCUGGAAAAGCUGGAGGUUCUGCUAACAGAGAAAACUGACCAGAUUCUUCCCAUUGAUCACUUUUGUGACCCCAGCAGAACAGACUCUCUACAGGAGAUUCUGGAGACUCUGCUAACAGAGACAACUGACCAGAUUCUUUCCAUUGAUGACUUUUGUGACCCGAGCAGAACAGACUCUCUACAGGAGAUUAUGGAGGUUUUGCUGGGAGAGACAGCAGAGCCAAUACCUGUAGUUCAAGAGCCACAAUUUGAUCCCCACUCUUUCCCUUCUCCUCCAACUCUUUCCACUGUCCCUGCAGAGCCUGUGUUUGAUGCUCAGCCUCAGCUGUACGAGAAUGUUCCUCUUGUACCGUGUCCUCAGUUUGCUCAAGAGAACUUGGUUGCCAUUGGAAUGUUCAACAGCGAGGUGGUUUAUGCUCUGCCACCACAGGCCUUUUCCCCGUCUUUCGUUCCCACUGCGCCUCCUCUGAACACAUCCACAUCUCGGAAAAGAAGAAUGUCCGAUCAGAAGGAUGAGAGUGGGCAGUCAUACGUUAAGAAGCCGCCUAAUGCAUUCAUGGUCUACCGACAGGAGCAGAGGUGCAAAGUCAUCACUGAGCUAAACGUCAAAGACUGUGCUGUUGUGAACAAGGAACUUGGGAGGAGGUGGACGGAUCUGCCCGGGCAAGAAAAAGUUAAAUAUUAUGAGGAGGCAGACAGGCAGAGGCGUUGCCAUGAGCAGCUUUAUCCCAAGUGGUCACCUUCGGACAACUAUGGGAGAAAACAGAAGAGGAUCAGGAGGAAGGGUCCCAAACCAAUGACAGUUUGCACGACCCCUCUUUUCUAAGUCAUUGCAUAACCUUGUAUGCAUAAGAUCUCUAAUAUGCUGUAACUAUGUCUGCCAUUAAUAUUUAUUAUGAAAUUAUUAUAUUUUUAUAUUUAACAGAACCUUUUUGUGAGUUUUUGUCAUAAUGAUACUGUUGUUACAUAUAGAGGUUGUUUAAGGCUAAAUAUGUUGAUAAUACCAAUCAGAUUUUUCCAUUUACUUUAAAGAACGAGAUAAUUGCCCAUUACUGUCUGCUACCAUGUUAUUAAUUGUUGGAGGCUGUGUUGCUUGUUGCUUGUUGCUGUAAAUGUGUGUAUGUGUGUGUGUGUUUGAAAGUACUGCAAGAAAAAAAUAUUUCCAUACUUCAUAAUGUAUCUGUUCAUUCUUUUUUUUCGAUUGGAAAAUGUAGUCCAGUCAUGAUUCCUAUUGUUUCUGAGCACUUAGAGUCAGAUUACCUUGUGUGUCGAUCUUCAUUGAUGGAUCCAGGAUUGUGAUGCUGCUGCUGCUCUGUGAAUUGGAGCAUCUGCCGUACUAGAGCUGCAACGAUUAUUCCAUAAAUCGACUAUUAAUUAAUUACUAAAUGAAUUGAUUGAAUGAAUUAUGAAUUAUAAAUGAAUAUUUCCUGGUUUCUAUGCUGAGUGUAACAAAUAAAUCA